UAUCAUAAACAAGAUAGUUUCUACUUCUGAUAUUUAAAAAAAGUAAUGCUUGCUGAUUUAGUAACAUUCACACAAAUUUUACUGCACGGACUGAAUAGUAACAUCUCUUUUACAGACUGUGUUCCACCCAAAGAGAUUAGUCUGUCUGAUAACUGUGUAUUUGCCUACUGGUGUUUGCCAGAAAGAAACUUUAAUUCAAUAGAUUAUCUCCCUUGUUCAGAAUGUUGUUCAUGUCGUUGAGAAGAUUUUUCACUUGAAGGAGAUUCGAUCCAAGCUGCUCGAAGGCUUUGUGCUCAUUUGUUUAGACGGGAAAGAAAGUUAUUGUCAAGGAUUGCUGGAUACUGAUGUUUGAAUCACCUCAUGUAACAAUGUCAGCUUAUGUAGGACUUAUCUUCCUAGUAUUUUUCAGUGAUCGAUACGUCACUUCACUGGAGUUGUGUCCUGUCUGGAACUACCUGGAGGUAAAGGAAGGCAGAGAUGACAACACCUUCACUUGUAGUGGACUCACAGAUCAGCAAGAAGUCAGCUGGGUGCUCACGAAUUCUGUAGUGAAAACAUGUCCGCCAGUUCCACCAUCGUGUACUGCUUUAGCUUACGGAUAUUUCAGCGUUAGCAGGACUUCAAACCAAAACUUUUAUAUUACUAUAAAGGCGACAAGAAUUUCUGAUCUAAGUAUCCUAGGCGGAAAUAUUUCGUGUCAAACUAAGACUGAACUUAAAACGUGUCAACUGGACAUAAUCUACCCUGCGGAAAAUUCGCAAUGUCAAGUUCAGUUUAACGGCAAUACAUGGCAAAUAACCGCUUUGUGCUCUGUUUCCAAAGUCCGUUCAUCAAGAAAUAAUUAUCGCUGCUUCCUGUACCAAGUACCAGAGGCGUCUCAAGGGUCAUCGGUAGGUUCUUAUACUAUGGAAGUAAUUCAAGCAAGGUCCGGAUAUUUGUCAGGCACGUGUAAUAUGACCUCCUACCUGCCUCCUGAAGGGCGAUACAGCUACUAUGUCAUUAUUUUUCCAGGGAAUGUAAACGUGUCUGCCACAUUUCAUGGAAACAACACUAUCAGUCGUCCUAUUAGUACACCAAAUCACAACUGCCCAUUGUAUUUAAAUGAAGGGGACACCUUAAACUGCUCCUGUUUUGUAAACGACACUGGAAAUCCUCCCGGAGUUCUUCGAUGGAACAGCACAAACUCCAGCAAGCUGGAAUUUAAAAACCUAAAAAAAUCGCAAAAUGGAAUUCAGAAUGUGUGUACUCUGACCUGGAACAACACAGUCUAUCAAUCUGUGUCUUACACUCUAAUUGUGGCUUAUCAACCUACGUGGAUAAACUUUACAAUUAACACUGAGAAAAGCGAUAAUGUUUUUGUUCACGAAAGGAGCACUGUUACAAUAAAAUGUCAGUCAGACGGCAGGCCUGCACCACGCAUGACUAUCACUAAAGUUAGAGACACCAGGAUCUUAAAAAGCAGACCUAUGGGAAGUAUAAUUAAGGAAGACCAGAUCGGAGAAAUAACCUAUACUACAGCUGCUCAGUGCAGUGAUGCGGACAUGUACAGGUGUACAGCAGCCAACAGCCUGGGGAUGAAAAAUCAGUCCGUCAGCCUCUCUGUCAGAUGUAAACCUGGGAAGGCCAGUGCCAGCUCCACGACUCCCAUUAUUUUGGAAGGCCAAACUUCAAGUUUUGAACUGAUUGCUUACCCGAACUCAGUGAUCGUGACUAAAUACUUCAUUGACUCAAAUAACAACAAUAAGGAAACACCGGCCAGUGAUGACAUAUUCCAUGUGGACUGCUCUUCCAACCCACAGCUACUCUAUAAAGUCACCUGUACAGUAACGGUCAUCAAAGUGACGGUGAACACGGCUGGACUUUACAAAGCCGUUGUUAGCAACGACCUCGGAAGUGUCGCACUUAUCUUCGUGGCCCUGCCCACAAAAAUUAACGAAAGUGAAAAUAGCGAGUUCAAUCGAGGUCACAAGGCCGGCGUGGGGACUGGUCUUGGUGUCGGUCUGGGACUCGCUGCUGUUGAAGCUGUAGCCUUGACGACAUUUUUCCUUGUCCGUUGGUGGCGACGAAAGCAUCACACCUCGAAAGCUAAAGGAAAAAAAGAAAAUACACCUUCCAGCUCGCGACAAGACAUUUCCUCCGAUAAAGCAGUGGAACUGACAGAAUCUGCAGGAUUGGAACAUGAGAGUACUUAUGAAAAUGUCGGAAAUAGUGAGUCUGGACAGACGGCUAUAUACACCAACGUUGAAAUAACUAAUUUAACAUCAAAGAAAGCUUCAAAGAACACAGGAAAAGUAUAUGACGACCUUCAAUUUAAAGAUGUAGGAGUGAGAUCCCUUUAUGCUAGCCUGAAAACCACAAAUGCUGGAAAAUCAUACCAUUAAAAGUUUUCUUCAAAAGAUCAUCUUUACAUCAAGCAGACAAAAAAGACCUGCAAAAGACAAAACAGGCCACCAGUUGCUUCUUGUAAAUCCUGUUUAUCUCUUACAUUGAUCACAAAGCCAAAGAGGAACCACAUAAAUUAGGACAUGUUAUCAAUUUCUCUUAGUCCUAGCCACAAUAAAAAAAAAAUAAACAAAACUUUCAAGGAAAAUCUUGCAAGGACAAUAAUCAAGUAAGAGUUGAGGCAGAUAAAAGAGCUUGGGAUCUCAUCUGAAAUAAAACAAAAAAGGCCAUAAUUUAAGUCAUUGUAAGCCCCUCACCCAGUCCCAUAAUGCUACUCACUUUUUAUUACAUACUUGAGCUUGUAAAAGUCAGCAUCCAAAAAUAAAACAAGGGUAUUUUGGUUCCUUUGCAAAUUUGGGAGGUAAAAAUAAAUACACGGUAACCCCUGCUCGCAUUAGCAAUAUGGAAACUAUUCAUCUCUGUAGCCACAACCCACACCCGCCGCCACUGCCGCCUUCAUUUGUCAUUAUUUAACUCACAUGUACAGAAGUUCACUUUCCAUGUGUAUUUGUAUAUACUGUUGCAUUCAAUAUAAUCUUGAGCUGUCCAUAAAUUGGAGCACUUUUUUUCCUAAUUAAAUACAAUUAUGGAACAUGAUUUACUACAUUAUUCUAUAAGCAUUCAAUAAAUAUAUAGAAGAAAUGCACGUUGUAAAAACAAUUUAAGCACAGUAAAUGUUUAUGCUAACAGUGUUUUACCACGAACAUGCAAAGGGACUGUAUUCGCUAUUUUCAAACUUUAAAAAAUUGUUUUCCAUUUGUCUUAAAACGUGUGACUCAAUGUAAAUAAAUAAAAACUACUGACAACUAGACUACAAAAUCGAUUUCCAGUUCUUAACAUUAAAAAAAAUUGUUACAAUGGUUAUAAAAGUUGUAUAUCAUCGACUUACAAAUAUGUCACUUCAAAGAUUUUCCAACAAAGAAUUAUAAUAAGGGUCAAAGAACGCAUGAAUUGUACAUGCCCACCCACACCAAAGAGUAGUUCACACACCUACGACUGUGUGGAAGACUGUGUUAAAGCCAAAUGAAAGUGCAAAACACAGAGUGAUAUUUUUUAAGUAUAAGUAUUUUCUGCUCUUGAUGACCGUUCUUUCCACAAACAAAUGACAAAAUUAACUGUAACAUUGUCCAGGUAAAAUAUGAAUUUCAGGUGAAAAAGUUUUCCUAAGUUAUAAUUUUUAUGUUUGAAUAAAACAAUUAUACCUAAAA